AUGGCAGCGUCAGUACCCAGCCUUGGUGGGCAAAAGGUGCCUAUUCUUCUUCUCAAGACCAAAUCCUCGCCAACGGAUGCUUAUGAAGACCUCUUCUCGACCCCGCAUCAGAACCUUCAUUUUGAGCCGACCUUUGUACCCGUGUUGCAACACCGCUUCGAGGAAGAUGGACUGCAAAGCCUGAGGAGGCUACUGCAGGAGAACAAGAUCAAUAGUGGCCAAGACAAUACUUAUGGAGGGCUCAUAUUUACCUCUCAAAGGGCCGUCGACGCUUUUGCCAAGGUAGUUGCUGAGGGUAAAGGCAAAGAGGAGAGCUGGCCGCAAUCAUUAGACGUGCCCAUAUACAGCGUCGGCCCCGCCACGACCCGAGCGUUGAAGGCAAUUCCCCAGUCCCCGCCAUUACGGAUAUUUGGCGAACACACUGGGAAUGGCGACGCCCUUGCACGGUACAUACUGGAGCAUUAUGGCGAGUGGUAUCGAGGUCGGGCGAAAAAACCGCCCUUACUUUUCUUGGUUGGCGAACAGAGACGGGAUAUUAUACCCAAAAAUCUGAUGGCCGACACGUUACCAGCCGACACACGCAUCGAAGUAACCGAGACAGUAGUCUACGGCACAGGCGUCAUGGAGUCGUUUCCUAAAGACUUAGAAAAGAUCUUGUCGGGCAUACAAGACCGACCCAGGAAGUGGGUAGUGGUGUUCUCACCAACAGGCUGUGACAGUAUGCUCAAAGGCUUAGGGUUCACCCUUGACGAACAGACGACCAGAGCCGUGAGGGGCCCCAGCCAGCGGACCACAUAUAUUGCAACAAUAGGGCCUACCACGAGAGACUAUCUCAUAAACACUUUCGAUUUUGAGCCGGAUGUUUCUGCGGAGAAGCCAAGCCCUGAAGGCAUCCGGGAGGCUAUUACUAAUUUUCAGUAUGGUUGA